UUUUUGCAGGCUGAUUUGUGCAUUUAGCACUUUAGGCACUUUAGCACUAUCUGCACACGAUUGCCGCACCAUUAACACCAUUUGUUUACAACGAGGAAUAAGAACAAAACAAGUCCCGAAAAUCAGCGACUGAUACUUUUCUCGUUGAUUAAAACAAAUAACCUUCACAGUUUCCAAAGUUUAAUCGCAUCCAAUGGAUUACGACUUCAAAGUCAAGACUGCUAAUGAGCGAGCCAAAGUUGAGGACUUAUUUGAUUAUGAAGGCUGUAAGGUGGGCAGAGGUACCUAUGGUCAUGUCUACAAAGCAAGGAGGAAAGAUUGCUCAGACAGUCGAGAUUAUGCACUCAAGCAAAUUGAGGGUACCGGUCUGUCCAUGUCGGCUUGCAGAGAAAUAGCGUUGCUGAGAGAGUUGAAGCAUUUGAAUGUGAUCAAUUUAAUUCGAGUCUUCCUUUCACACAACGACAGGAAAGUGUGGUUAUUAUUCGAUUAUGCUGAGCACGACCUCUGGCACAUCAUCAAAUUCCAUCGCGCAGCAAAAGCUAACAAAAAACCAGUUAUGGUUCCGAAGGGAAUGGUUAAAUCUCUGCUGUACCAGAUCUUAGACGGAAUUCACUACUUGCACACAAACUGGGUCCUGCACAGAGAUCUGAAACCAGCAAAUAUCUUGGUUAUGGGAGAGGGAUCUGAGAGAGGUCGCGUGAAAAUUGCCGAUAUGGGAUUUGCUAGACUUUUCAACGCACCGCUAAAACCUCUUGCUGAUCUUGACCCUGUGGUGGUUACCUUUUGGUACAGGGCCCCAGAAUUGCUUUUAGGAGCAAGACAUUAUACAAAAGCAAUCGACAUUUGGGCCAUCGGGUGUAUUUUUGCCGAGCUCUUAACCUCUGAACCUAUUUUCCACUGUCGCCAAGAGGACAUAAAGACGUCAAACCCUUACCACCACGAUCAACUUGACAGAAUUUUCAACGUCAUGGGGUUCCCGCACGAAAAAGAAUGGGAGGAUAUUCGGAAAAUGCCAGAGCACCCUACGCUUUUGAAAGAUUUCAAACGAUCGAGCUAUCAAAAUUGCUCGUUGGUUAAAUACAUGGAGAGGCACAAAAUAAAGCCGGACAGCAGGGCAUUUCAUUUGCUACAAAAAUUGCUGUUGAUGGAUCCAACUAAAAGAAUCACUUCCGAGCAAGCCAUGCAAGACGUUUACUUCUCAGAAGACCCCUUGCCUACGCAGGAUGUCUUUGCUGGCUGUUCGAUACCAUAUCCAAAGAGGGAAUUCCUGACGGAUGAUGAUCAAGAUGACAAGGGCGACGCGAACAAAAUGUCUAGACAGAACCCUGCAGCCAGCGUGAGUUGCAACCAGCAGGGAGGUGAAUCCAUCAAUCAUAGCAACCAAGCAAAGCGGGUCCGUCUUGCUCCUCCGCAAAACCAACAGCAGGGUGGAGGUGGCGGCGGAGGAGGUGGUCAGCAACCAGAAUUCCAUCACAUGUCCCAACAACAGCAGAAUCAGCAAGGAGGUGGACAGUCUGGGCAAAACGUCAUGUUCCAGGGCCAACAAUCGCAGAACCAGUUUGGUCAGAGAUUUUAGGAUUUACAUUUUAUUUUUCAAUUGCGACUUUGCGUUAAAUUAUUAUUAAUAUAUAUUAUUAUAAUAAUACUUGAAAUUAAAUUCAAAGAUUUUUUUAUAUCAAGAAGAA